CCGUUGACAGGGGAGAGAGAGAGAGAGGUAGACUUUCAGUUUCAUCCUACCGACACACAGUGAAACAGUAGACGUCCCCUAAUGCAUUUUUAACAGCUCAGCAGGGGAUGGGAACAGUUUGGUUGGGACAGUUUGUUCAUAGAGUGACCCGAGUGAUCAGGUGAGUCCAAACUGCUCUGUUUAUUUGCUAAUGCUGGAACAUUCAUUAGGAAUUAUUUGCAAACUAACGAUUGACGUCUUUACCCUUCAGAAACUGCAGUGAGAGUAUCAGUUUGGCUUUGAUAACCGCUGUUGUGCGAUUCUGCAUGUUACUAGUAAUUUACUUCUCAUUAGUCAGUUAUUUAAGGUCUUAAGUAUGUCUUUGUUUUCGUAAAUAUGUACCCUGAAGCUGGCAUCUUAAAAUCUACAUUGAUUGUGCUGUCUGUCGGACCCUGACUCCCCCAGCUGACAUUACAGUGGUAUUAUCAGAGGAAAUUGUCAACUCGACCUAAACAAGAGCUCGAUUUACCUUUUGACAUGAGGCUCAUUUACAAAUGGUUAUUUUGCCCCUCAGUUGUUAAAGACAUACCUCAUAAUUUGCCCUUAAAAAAAACACGUUAACCACCAUCACAUUCUGCUCACUUUGUCCACUGCACUUUUUUAAUGCAACCUUCCCAGUCUACGGUGAAAACCACCUGACAUUCAUUUCUUUGGGAAGCCCCCCCCCCCAUUUGUCCCAUUAAGAGUGGAAGACACUACUGAGGCAUGCCAGGGGACAGCGGCGUCAACACUGAGGGCUCUUGUGAGGCCUUGUGUCGAACCCUGGUUUCCCAGAAUGGCCUCCAGAGAGAGACAGCCGACAUCUCCCAGUCCGUCCUCUACACCUCGCUGAUGGGUUUGCUGCUGGUGGCCGACGACAAGAAAGAGCAUCUCUCCCUAGGAAGUGGGAGGGUUGGCCUUAGAAACAUUGGAAACACAUGUUUCCUGAACGCAGUCGUCCAGUGUUUGUCUCACACGCGCAGCCUACGGGACUAUUGCCUCCUCAUGUCCUACAAGGAUGAGAAGUUCUCCAAAGAGGAGGCUAAGCUCAUGGCAGCUUUCUCUCAGGUGCUGUCAGGCCUUUGGGAUGUGAACGACGGGGACGCGGUCGUAAACCCGCAGCGGUUUUACAGUGUUUUUAAGGAAGCGGUACCUCACUUCAGUGGAUACAGUCAGCAGGACGCGCAGGAGUUCCUCAGGUUCCUGUUGGACAAGCUGCACACGGAAAUCAACCGCAGACCCUACGUUCGACGAACAGAGAAGGAGCCGCAACAGAAAUUUGCCAGAUUUAGGAUUUCAGAAGAAGCCGCUGCCAUGUGGAAGAAGCACUUGGAGAGAGAUGACAGCGGGAUAGACGACCUGUUCUCAGGCCAGCUGAGGAGCUCGCUGCAUUGCUCAGUGUGCUCGCACUACUCCAACACAUUCGAUGUGUUCUGUGAUCUAUCGCUGCCCAUCCCCAAGAGGAGCUCUGCCGGGGGGGUCACGCUGAGGGAGUGCCUGGAGCUCUUCUCUCAGGAGGAGAAACUGGACAAGGAAAACUCACCUAUGUGCGAGAGGUGUAACAGGCAUACAGAGUGCACCAAGCGGCUUUCCAUCCAGAGGUUUCCCCAGGUUAUAGUGAUCCAUCUGAACCGCUUUACAACGUCACGGUGGUCCAUCAGUAAAAGCACCGUGUACGUGUCCUUCCCGCUUGCUGACCUGGACCUUGGACGCUAUGGGCCCGUCGACUGUGGCCCCGUUCUGUACAAUUUAUAUGCGAUAUGUAACCACGCUGGGACGGUGAACAUGGGCCACUACACAGCCUGCUGUUCAGACCAAAAUGGCUGGUGCUUCUACAAUGACUCAUGUGUGUCUCCGGUCUCUGAGCACCAGCUUCAGACCAAUCAAGCAUACGUGCUGUUCUACCAGCGCAGCAACAGCACCACCGCAGUCAGGAAAUAAGACUUGAGACUGGCUGAGCCAAGCAGCCAAUCAGGAUCGUUACUGCCAGUGACCGUAGGAACAAAUAGAAGCAGCAGUGCUGUAACUCUUGAAUUUAUGAACCGCUCAAUCGCAGUGAGCAUUGCCUUCAAAUAAUCUCUGAAGAAGACCAGAGCAAAGCCGCGCUCUCUUUGAAAGGGCCACGAAGAGGCGAUCUUCCCUCUGGGAUGGUGGAGAUGCUUUCGGAGAGUCUCAGUGACAGAGCUGAGACAGCUGGGACAGUGGACGCAGCCUUAAGAGUCUCUAUGCCGUGCUCCUCGGGCAGGAGUGAGCGGUGUACAUGAGGCUGAGCUCUUUAUGUAAGAUGAUUGUGAUUUGUAAAGACACAUUGGGUGGAAUAGAUAUUAGGCGGCAUAUGAUGACUCAAAUGUGACAUAUAGUAUUUCAUUUUACGCAACAAUUUUGUGAAAUUGUACAGUACGUUUACUCUAUGUAAAUAUCUCUCGCCAAUUCUAUAGCUAUGCUUUCAUUGUGUUUUAUUGUUAAUCUCCCUGCACAUGGAGUUGAAACCUAAAAAUUGGUUAUAUUUUUCCUCUAUCUGAAUUUAAAUUUCUAUGGAGAUAUUUGAUUUUGUAUAUAUAUAUAAAUAACAAAAAACACAGUAACCUACUGCAUUAUUGAUAUUUGAAUGCUUGAAUAAAAAAAAUCAGAAGUGAA